GAACGUGGGGCUUUAACGGCUACUUCCAAUACUUCAAGAGGCUCCCCAUAUAACCUUCCAAAAGUGUCACCGACCCUCUAACCUUUUCCAGCCUAUCAUCUUCUUCUUGCAAGAAAAAGACCCUUUUUAGCCCAAUAAAAAUGCCCCAAAGAAACCAAAAACCUGCAAAGAAACUCCAUGCCCAGAAAAAUGUUCAAGAAAAGGUCAUCUUCACCAGUUCUGCAGAAAAUGGCCAAUCUUUUAGCCGAAAUGAGAAGACCCAUUGCUGCAAGGCUCAAGAUUUCUCUGAAAUGUUCAAGGAAACUGAAGAGGGCCAGGCUUCUCAGGCAUUACAACUAUGGGUACAUUCAAGAAUACGAGUAUUCUCCUUCGUGCACACCAAGUGUUCGACAUUAUUACUACAAGAGGGAAGAAGCAAAGAAGCUCCAUUUUGGCUGCAGAGGGCUGUUUAGUUCCUUGUUCUUGGUCUAUAGGUGUUUGGGUGCGCCGAGCAGGGGAACUGAUGAUGAGAACCAGGCGGUUUUCAUCCCGAAUUUGAGCUCCGGGUCGGAGGCGUUUGGUUGCAAUGAAGAGAGAGAGGUGAGGUCCAUUGAUGAGAGGGCAGAGGAGUUCAUUGAGAGGUUUUAUGAGGAGAUGAGGAGGCAGCAGUAUGUGAUGAAGCAGUUUGAUGCAAUGGUGAAUGUUUGAUUCAUUGUGAAUUGUGAUUGGUUAAAUUUGUUGUUUUGAUUUUUUUGUGUGAUGUUUAUUUCAUUCCCAUUAUUGGUUUUUGGAAGUUUUUGUUGAUUAAUUAAAAGCCAGACUCUUUCUAACUCCCCUCAUUCCCAUAUUUAACUUCAUGGUUCAAAAGUGUUUGUUUAAAAAAAAUUAAUUUUUUUAAUAAAGUGAACACUAUGAAUUUAUGAUCAGGUUGAAAUGGGAAUGAUGAUAAAUUUAAUGAAGGUAAUGUAUAUUU